AUGUUUGCGGCACUGAACAUCGCCGUGAGCUGCCCACUGCCUAAUGAGAUCUCUCUGCAAGAGGUCAAGACCUGGAUUUACAGGCUCGGCGGGAGCUACCAUGAGCAGGUUUACGAAACGACGCAAGUCUUAUGUUCUACGGACCACCGAAUUCGAUAUCUGCACCAGGAUGCCUUCCGAGCCACGCAGCUGCGGGCGGCUGUCGUUUCUUUCGAAUGGCUCCAAGGAUCAUAUGACCAAGACAAGUUUCUGCCCGUGUCACAUUAUCUUUUGAAUACGCGGCGGAAUCCAAAAUAUGCCCCGCUCACAGGCUGUGUCAUCGCCUUCACGAGCAGCUUUCCUUUGCCCAAAGGGAGUGAGAGCUACGACGGCGUGCGCAACGCCAUUAUCAGACUAGGUGGCACUCACAGGACGGGCGUACGGCCAGAUGUCUUGACGCAUUUCUGCGUCACCGAAAAGGAACUCAAUCGGCACGACUCGCUCGUCCAGCACGUCCUCAUGCAUGAUCCACGACCCGACCGGGAGCCGCUCUGGAUAGUCAGCCAUCAGUGGUUGACCGAAUGCCUGGAACGUCACGAACGGGUUGGAGAGAGCGAUUUCACGUUUCCGAGCUGCAGUCAUGGUGGGGGCAUCCAUGGCACCGGCGGCGAGGACAGCGAGGACGAUGUGGACAGCGACGAGUCGAUAUGA